GCACGGAGUAACAGUGACACCUUCACCCUGGAUGGAUCCAGGGGAGUAAGGAUAGAGACUUCGCAGGAGUGAUGAGCAGAAGGAAUUGGGGGUGGAACGACCACGACAAUAGGGGCAAUACGGAGUAGCGUGGGCAUAAAUCCUUCGCUGCUGUCUCGAAUAGUAUUUUGCAUGCUUUCAGCUCCAGCCCGCUUCAGGAUGGCGUUCUUUAAGCUCCAAUAAGCCUGUGGUCAGAUCAGGAGUAGUUCAUAGGGACGAGGACGUCUCCACCGAUAAUGCGUAAUGCCGUCCCAAGCAGCCGUUUCAAUUCUCCCUUGGUCGUACAUUGGGGCCAUCACCGCUCCUGAUGAACUCUUCUUCCAGGGGGUGACAUUUGGCGGAUACGUAGUACCAAUGAUCCUGAGCCUAGUACGACUCUCCUUUGACUUUCACGCUCAAAGAGGAUUUGGGCUGCUCCUUCGCACCGACGAUCAACGAAGGAAGGGAGUCUAACAGCCCGCACUAUCGCUUUUGGAACUCGAGACGAGACCAGUUCUACAAGAAAACAACCAUUUAACCGCGCCCAAAAAGGCAAAUCGGGGGAACGGCCCUUUCUCUGCACGGGCGAACUGUCCACCUUUCUCCAUUCGAAGCGGGGAUCCAGAAUCAUCCGGCGAUUAACCGGAAUCUAGCGC